GCCACGAACGUAGCACGUAUUUCAAGUUAUAAAAUAAAAUGGAUUCAAAAAACAAAUGGAAACCAAAGGAACAACAACUAAUCCAACUAGUAAAGGAUUAUAAAGUAUGUGAUAUUGAGUACGAUACUCCAAUUUCCAAGAGAACAACCAUAAAAAAGGUUAUCUGGGGUAGGAUAUCGCGAGAUUUAGGUAGAAGUGAGGUAAGAUGUCGCAGAAUGUGGAUAAAUAUAAGCAUUAUUUAUAAAAGACUGGCGAUAAUGAUCAAUGAAGGAAAAUUGUCUGUGUCAGAAACUCGCAAGAAUCACAAGGUGGCAAAAUAUUUCGACGGAUCUCUUGAUUUUCUUGAUACCUGGAUUAAUCACGCGACUCGACACGACGUCAUAAAAGUAAAACUACAUGCAAGGACUAAACUUACUCUCUCAAAAUUACUUGGGUAUGACAUUGAUAUGGAAACAAAUGAUUCAAUUAAAAAUAAGAUACGUAAUGAUGUAAAAGGCGUUGUAGACAAAGCAGAUGCAGAAAGCAUAUCCAAAGAAGAGUGUCAUAAAAAUGUGGGAUUGGCUAAAUUUAAGGUGAAACACAUUUUUAGUAAAAGAAAAUUUAAAUUGAAGACUUACUUGAAUGAUUUAGAAGUUGCUAUUGUAUGCAGUGUACAAGAGCCUAAAGAACGAAGAUUAUUGAUGAAAGAAAUCGACGCAAUUGUAAAUGAUUUAUUGCAAGGAUGAAUAUUUUUAAAAGACUAUAAAAAAGAAGAAGGUUUAUAAAUAGUUUUUUUUAAACGUAGUUUAUUAUUUGCGAUGUUUAUAGCUAACGUUGAAUUCAUCUUACUAUUCAACCGACUGAUUUAUAUUUUAAUAUUUGUACAAGACAAAUAAUAAUAAUUUGAUUUUUAAACUACAUAGGUAACUGUUCGGCGAGGUAUCUCAACUAGUUUCAAGCCAUACUAUAAUCCUAUAACAAUGAGCAGACAAUCUUCCAAUCGGGAGAGCCACAUAGCUAAUAUCUCGAGGAUCGAAAUUGAUUAUCUCCUUGAACAAUUAAUUAAGUCAUUUAUACUUUAAUUAAGGUAUCCAUAUUUCAUACUUUUUCAUAAUAAUUAUAACACAUAAAUGUUUUAAUGUUUGUGUAUUGUUGAUUAUUGCAUAAAUUUGUCUUAUCUUUAAAAAUGAUUCAAUGUUGACAAAUUGGAAAUUUUUGCAUGUGAUCUUAAUUACUCGACCGCUUAAUUAGUAAGCAUGCAUUCAUACAUUGUAUCGGUAA